AACAGCAUGUGGAGUGCAGUGUAAAGACUUGAUGAAACACUUUCUACCCUAUGGCCAGCUACACAAAGAGUGCCAGAUGAUGGAUUGGUCUCAUCACAGCUAUUAGGAGUCCCCUCCUUUCUUCUCCUCUACCAAAAGAGGCUCGCUUGUUCUGGACCGUUUUUCCCCCCUCCAUUCUUUGGAGGUUUUGACUUGAUGAUUACACUGAACCGUGGUAGGGGUCAGUGUUUGCAUGCAGUUAAGUAGUGGGUGUUCAUGGAGUAGGGUGCCCCUGAGCUAAAGGGGGUGGUGAUUAAGAUGAUGUCAUGUACACGAAAACGCCACUGGAGUAGUAUUGAUGACAGCAGCUCCAUCAGCAGUGGGAUAAGUGACACCAUUGCUGAGAUCAGCACAGACGACAACAUCACUGGCUCUUCCGUCAGCUGCUCUUCCUCCCAGGCAUCCUGCAAUCUCCUCAGUAGGGACGGCAUUAAGAGAGGGCGUGCUUCGUCUGACGACAGCCGCUCGCCGGGAAGUUCGGCACGCAACUCUUGUGAAUCGGGCAAGAACUUGGAGAUAUUCGGUGAAGGAGGAAUACCCAUCGAGCGUGGAAAAUCUUCACCACAGAGACGGACUUUAGAAGAUGUAAGAAGAAAGAAUGGUGAGAACUCACCACGUAGGAGUGCUUUGAAUAAGAGCAUUCUUAAGGACGCGACUACUGGGCAGUCAUCGCCAAAACGCAACGGAAGUGGGAAGAACGGAAAGGGGAGUAAGAGCGAUCAGUCAAAGAGCAGAAAAACAAAAGGUGAGGAAAGUAAAGCAGAUAAAGAGCAGGGCAAAAUGAGUGGUUACCCAGAAAGGGGGACCUUGGCGUCUCCACCAGGGAGAAGUGGCAUCCAACCACCACCGCCGAGCUGGCAGCGCAGUCUUGAUCGCAUUCAGGUACGCCAGCAGCAGGCUGCACGACAAACUGAUCCCAGUCUCUCCCCAAGUUUACCACGAUCAAGAACUGGAGGGAUGAAGUACGAAAACGGCACAGGGACUCUCGAUCGUAAGAACGGAUCUCGACUGAGUCAGCGAAACACUGAAGAACAGUUAAGUCCUAAUGGGCCAGAUUCAAGGAAAGCAGCAGCAGGACGAUCCCAGGGUAUGCAAAGUUUUGGUUUCAGGCGACCUGGAGGACCAGCCGCUUCCACGGCAGCUCAAGCUGGAGCUAAAACCUCCAUCUCAACAUCAAAGUCAGCCAAUUUUAGAUAUCCAGGUAGCAACGGGAAAGGUGGACGAAUGAGUGGAUCGCUCAGCGGAUCAGAGUCAGCACCUGAGAGAGGGAGCAUAAGAAUGAAGGACGGGCAACGUCAGAAAGCAGGACAGAAGAUAAGUCCAACAUCCCCUCCAGGCGGGAAUGCCAAGGCAGAUGUUAACGCAAAUACCGAUCUGAGAAUGAACCAUAAGAACCAGGAAAAAAUGGGACAGCUCUCUCCAACAGGAUCAGAAACAGGAAAGUCAAAGCUUGGUGGAAGCAAGUCUAGUUUGUCCUCAACACCCUCCAUUAAGCAACUCUUUGGUCGGAAACCAGACAGUGUUAAGAACACAGGAAACAAAUCCCAGGAUACCAUCAUCUCCAAUCCUCACGCUACUUUAGCAAAACAUGGUUCCUCACCUCCUCGUCAUCCACCAACAUCAACUCAAUCCCAGUUUUCAGGUCCUGCAUCGCGAAGAGCUUCCACAAAUAUGGCAUCAGACCUCUCCUUGUCCAAGACUCCUUACUCGGAUUCCUUACGCUACAGUGGUUACCUGAGUGAUACAUGCAGCUAUGCUGGGGCUAGGGAUAGUGGAUUGGGAUCCUUACAUGCCGGUAUGGUCGGUCCUUUUGCCCGUGCUAAUAUGCAUCCAAGCUCUCUCUCCACCUUAAACAGAUCAGAAAGUGGCAGCAUGGAGUCAUUAGAUUCAAACAACUCUAGCUCCAUGUCUAUGACAAGUCGUGCCACAAGUGAACGUUACGGCUUGACGUCCCCUUCAUCAAAUGGACCCUCUCCACAUCACAGCAGUAGAGGGCAGGCUGAUAAGUUGCUGAGUAUUUCCCUUGCUGGGAAGGAUGCUGAAGAGACAGCUUGGCUCCGUGCCAAUGGCUACCCAAGCACAGUUGACGGAGCGCCACCACUGUCUCCCGCCAGUUCCACAGCUUCUCAGCCAGUCGGGCAGUUCUUCGCUAUCCCCGGCAUGAGUAGCAACUCUCCCAUGGUGCGAUCUAACAGUAUGUCUGCCAGCGCAUACACACAACCACCAUUCACCACCAACCCCAGGAUGCGCAACAACAGCGUCUCCCUGGACGAACGACAGAGGGCGGCAUUGAGCAUGGGGACGUUUUGCCGUGAGCCGGAUGGAGAGCUGCAUGGUUCUGCUUUGUCACUUGUAUCACAAGGCUCAUCGUUGUAUUCCAUGUCGGAGGAUAAAGGAAUUGAAAUCCGGCGCCUGAAACGAGAACUGGACAGAGAGCAAGAGCGGGUGGGCAACUUAUCUAAUCAGCUCCACACAAAUGUAAGUCCACUUUCUGUUUAGUGUUCAC